GUGUGUAUAUCUGGAACACCACACAUUGUAAUAAACACAGCUGCAUUUAUUUGAGUAUGUGAUCCCAUGUACAUGUAAAAACAUUCAAACAAACACACUCAGCAGAUUUAUUUGAUUGUGCAAUGGGGCAAUUAUUCAAAUAAACAUGCACGGUGCAAUUAUUUGAAUUUCACAUUGCAUGUUCAUCAAUCAUAGUACUAAAAAAAGAGGGAAAGGAAAAAAAAACACCAAAGAAUUUACUUCGAGAAAAUAAAUGUGUGAAUACACCUUAUUAUAGAUUUUAUAGGGUAGCCAAAGUUAUGGCUCCCUCCUUAACUGUAACUCAACUAUUCUAUAUUCAAUGACAUUUAUUUCUAAUGAUUAAUUGGUUGACUCACUUGAUCAUUAUAUCAGAAUGACCGCAACAUUCAGAUUCAUAUAAUAGAGAACUUUACAAAUCUGAAUUGGGUAGAGAUACGGAAUCUAAAUUUCAAGAGGAGAAUAAUUCUUUCUAGACAUCUUACAUCAAGGGGACACUGAUCAAAUUAUUACCAUUUUAAUUAGCACGCCCAUAAAUUUCCAAAAAUUCUGUACAUGCACAAAACAUUCCUACAUUUGAAAGCAUCCAAAAAAUCAUAGGUGACUCAUCUGAUCAUUUUAUAUAUUAAUAAAUAUUAUGACAUGUGUGAACAUAUCACGAAUCACAUAGGUGUACCAAGAGGUGAUUUAUGCCUCUCCUAAGGAUGUACUGACAUAAUCUAAUAUACUAAAAUGGGGAGGGGCUUUUUUUAGUCACUGAAAUAUGCAUCAUGUAACAAAGAUGAAGAAAAUAAAUGGCUUGUGCCCAUCAUAAAAAAGAGUCAGACUGAAGGCUUAGCUUUGGUUUUUAUUCAAUUAAAUUGUUUAAUUGUGCACAGUGAUUUUUUUUUUUUUAGAAUUUGAGACAUUUGUGAUGUUGGCUGUUUAAAUCUUUGUUACCUUCGCUGUGAAUUGAAAUUGUACAUAUUUAGUAAAUCAUACAGACAAAACAAACUUUUUAGACAAUAUUUUUAUUGGAGAGUUUUCUUUUCCUGUAUCCAUGUUUAAAAAAAAAAAAAGAAAAAAAAGACUUCCUGUCCCAAAAUAAAAAUGUCAAUACUAAAUUUAAAGAAGUAUAAAGGAAUGAUUGCUUCCUUUAGAGCUAAAUAUUUAAAUAAACAUCAAGAUAACUAGCAACAUGUCCUUUUGGGCUAGUAGGCCGUGUCCAAUUGUUUGGGUCUGAUGUUUGAGAGGGCCUCUGUUUCAGGGUUGAAGAUGACAUAUUAAUCUCUGAAUUAAACAAAUGCUAUGAAAUAACAGACAUAAAUCCUUCAGUCUUCAUUUGUAUCUGAAAUAUGGAAUUAGAGAAAUAACACUGAGAUGAUAUGAUGCUGAAUACGCCAUAAGCUGAAAUUCUCUCUAUUAAAACAGUCGCCUACCACCCAUAAUCUAGCAUGACACGUUAAAAUGCACCAAAAUAUUGAAAAUAGAAGAGGAACACUGCUGUUCCCAUUUGGCCUUCAGAUGAGUAUGACAAAGAUUCUAAUAAUUUUAGUCAAAGAAAAUGAUGAGUAAAAAAUACAUGAAGAUUAAAGUGGUGACAAAUGACCUUUUAAGUAUUCUAAUUGGUCUUGCUCAUUCAUAUCUCUGAUUCUCCAGAAACUGCAAAUCCUGAUGAUCCUGAUUUGUAAGUGCACCCAAUCAGCUUUCUCUCUUUCACUCCACAAAAUAUGCCUGUUAGAUCUGGAGUGAAGGAUAAGCCCCCAAAAUGUUAAAAAUAGACUACUACCCUGGCAGGAAAUUUAGCAUUGGCAAGCACAGAACUCAAGAGGAACUGAUCUAACAUAAGGAAACAUUCAGAGAAAGAUUGGUGCAUUAUGAUCGGUUCUGACCACUUACAGGGGAUAAGAGUAUGUGUGUGUAUGUGUGUGUGUGUGGUGUGUGUGUGUGUGUGUGUGUGUGUGUGUAGGUUUGCUGAGUUUCUGUGUGCACACUGAAUAGCCAGUGUUAAAAAACAACAUUACUGAAGAGAUGGAAGGAGUCUGAGUGGAGUGUGUUUGCGACAUUCCAUACUUUGCUAUUUUACACAAAUGGAAAGCACAAAAUAAAAUGUGGAUGCUGGAAAAAUAGAAGGUUCUGAGAACAGUAUCACAAAAAAAAAAAUCUUUAUAAUUUAUAAGAUAUGCCAAAAUAGGGAAAAUAUUAAAUGAUCUUUACUCAUUUUAUAGGGAAUUUAGAUCCUAGUCUAUGACCUUUCCUUAAAGCAGAAUCACUUUUAUUCAUUCCUUAAAAAAGUCUUAAUAUAGAGCAAAGAACUACAGCUACGCUCCACUCUAGUUUUGUUUAGAAAAAGAGGAAUGCAGCCUUCAAAUUACUUGAAAAACAUGGAUGAAUAAAAGAAUAUAAAUUUAGAAAGGAAACUCAAGAACAUCCUUACUCUCACAGAAAACCUUAUGGUAUAUUUAGUGACCGACCACAAGCAACCUAGACCUUGGUUUUUACAUCCCUUCUGAAAGACACCACUUCCAACACAAACAGUGUUUCCCAACCCUGUAGUGCAGGCUGGGAUUGGUGCAGACAUAAAGGGGAGAACACCAACUAUUAAAUAACCCUCAACCACUUCCUGCAGCCCCGAAACAUUCUGUGGAGGUCUACCACUUCAUUAUUGAACAUGCUUAGAAAGUGUGAGCUCAUAGGUUUCCGGUUAAAGGUUCAUCUAAGCAAAAGGAGAAAAAAGAGAAGUACUAACCACGCUGCCCAAUUGGUUUUAACUCAUAAAACACUAUUACUGGAUAGAAUAGGUUCAGGAAUACUCAGCCUAAUAUCUAAGUAGACGUAUUGGUUUUUUCUUUUCUGCAAUAUAUAGUGUUUUUAUAUUAUCAAAGACAUUUCUAUGAAAAGGAACAUGUCACCAGUGGUGAUGGGACAUUCAACAAAAUUGUAUCAGAACAAAAAGGGUUCUAACAUUAUAAUUGCUUAAUAUAUACUACCCUGAUUUUAGAAAUAAAAGUUAGUAUCAUGAUUUGUACAAGUAUUUUUCCAGAAAUUGCCAUGACCCUUGAGUCAGAUGUCUUCACCUGCAGAUUGGCCUAUAACUAUGUUAUAAACUCCUUUAUAGAUUGAUCAAAUUAUAACACACUUUGUGUUUACGUUAAAAUUGUCAAAAGAAAAAAAACACCUACUUUUCAUUCAUCAAUGAAACUCUCCUAUAAAUUGGGUAGGAAGAAAAUCUUAUGUUAUGUAAUACAUGGAAAAAUAUGGAUAAGGAAACUGAGGUCCACAUAUUGAGAUAACACAGACUGGUUAGUUGUUUCUAUGCCACCAUGAUUUAGAAAGCAGUUAGGCUAACUCGUACAUAGACUGCCAGAACCUCAGUCUUCUCAAUGACUGGUGAGUGCUCUUUCCAACAUUUCACAGUAAAACAUGCCUGCAAAAGACUAUGGAAACAUCAGAAGGAAUGAGUUAGUUUCUCUACUUCCUGCAAGAAGUUCGUUCUGAUUUACAAGAACCACACAGGAGUAUAAUGAAAAUAAUCUGCUCCGGGAAGCUUGUAUUACUCUUAAGAUGUUACAUCAUCAUUUGAGGCCUAACUGUUUAUGUACUAGAGUCUCCUUUAACUGAGAGCCAGAGACAGUCUCCAUUUUGAGAAAUGCUCUUGUAAAAUUACUAACUACUGUUCAUAUAUUUUACCCAUUAAUUCUGUCCAAGACAUUUGACAGUGCUUAUACCCACUGACAAAUUUUGUCUCCAUCCACUCUUUACCCACCAUUUUCAGUCUGAGCCCAUUGUGUGAGUCCUCAGCACCAUUCUUUCUCUAGUCAACAGGUGGACUAGAGUAACAGGAACAGUAGGAGAUUCAUAAAUCUCCAAUGGGAAAAUUGGAUUAGA